UCCUCCAUCACCUCCCUGUCCCCACCUUCCUCUCGCCUUCCUUCCCCCGCCCUGCGCCCUAUAAAUAAACACCUUCCCUCCUCCAUCCUUCCUACAAUCGAACGCCCAUCUCUCAAUCAAUUAGCCACCUUUUCUUCACUUAUAAUCCCUUCACCAACAUGUGCAAUUCCAAGGUAAAGUCCGGCCAUACAAUGGAGGUGGCGGAUAUCGGCGGCCGUCCGGUCCUGCAGCCUGCCUCCAACCGCAUCGGCCCGCUGGAGGCUGCUCGGCCGCUGAAGAAGACCUUGCAGAAGUCCCUCUCUUUGCCCUCCUCGUUCGCCAAAAAUGCUGCUCGAGCGGAUGCGGAUCACAAUGCUCCUGUGACUCCUACUAAGCUCUCGCCCCCUGUCUCGCCCAAGCCGAAGCAGGCUAAGGCUGCUCCUCAGCGAGGCAUUGAGUCGAACGGGUUGAGUACGAGCAGUGAUAAGCUUGCGGUGCCGAAGCCGACUCCCACUAAGUUACCGCGUCCAGUGAUGAAGAGGUCAAUGAGCUCCGUAGGAGCCGGCCAACUGGCUGUGUCGUCGGAAUCGAUGUCUUUGCUUGGUUUUGACAGGGCUCCCGGCAGCAUCGCCGCGGCGCAGAGGGAGCACGCCGUGCUCGCUCAAGCGAAGCGCAAGAUGCGUAUUGCGCACUACGGCCGCACGCCGGCGAAACUUGACGGAAACGUAGUUCCUGUUGACUCAUCAACGAUCGAUGAUGUGAAUAGUCAAGAUGAGAAGAGAUGCAGUUUCAUCACAUCAAAUUCUGAUUCUGUGUAUGUUGCAUACCAUGAUGAGGAGUGGGGAGUGCCCGUCCAUGAUGACAAGAUGCUAUUUGAAUUACUCGUAUUGGCAGGAGUUCAAGUUGGUUUGGAUUGGACUACCAUAUUGAAGAAAAGGGAGGAAUUCAAGGCUGCUUUUGCUGAGUUCGACGCAGAGUUGGUGGCCAUGUUCACUGAGAGGCAAAUGGCAUCAGUUUGUGCAGCUUGUGUGUUGGACAUAGGAAAGGUUAGGGGAGUAAUCGACAAUGCGAAGAGAAUCCUUGAGGUCAGAAGAGAGUUUGCAUCAUUUGCCAAUUACUUGUGGGGGUUCAUCAACCACAAGCCCCUCUCUCCCAACUACAGGUCCUGCAGGAAAAUCCCGGUUAAGACAUCCAAAUCAGAGUCCAUCAGCAAAGACAUGGUGCGCCGUGGGUUCCGGUUCGUUGGCCCGACCGUGAUCCAUUCCUUCAUGCAGGCUGCUGGGCUGACAAAUGACCACCUCGUCUCAUGCCCCCGCCACCUUCAUUGCUCCAUGACAACAAUCACCAAUGCCAAUGACUACCCUGCUUGACCAUCACUUUGUAAAUUGAUUAGCUAAGUGAGAUUAGGUACCCUCUGCUUAUUUGUGAUAGAGGAAUCUAGUGAGCUGUGACCACUUGUGUAACAUGGUUGUCAAGUGUGUGUGAUUGAGUGUUCUUCCUUUUUUUUUACUCAAAUUUAAUGAUAGGAAUGCUAAGGCAGGAGAUUGGAUAA